UGUGCAUGCAGCAUAAAAAGCAGAUUAAAGGCUUGUUCGCUCCUCUGUUCAGUUGAAAACAAAAAACAAAACAAGAAUUGUGAUGUGAUUUCACAUUAAGGAAAAAUGGACUUUAAGAAAAAAAAAAUAGCAAUUAAAGACAAAACAUCACAACUGUUCUUUGAAAGUACAUCAAAGGAACAAUAAUGAUGCAGGAAGAUACGCUUUCAGAUUCACUUACAGUAACAAAGCCAGAUGCUUCACUGAGCUACGUUGUUGAUCUAACCAAUAUUAUGUUCAACCCAAACGGAGAGGAAAUGAUAAAGGAAGGUGACUUUUUGGACACAUCAAGAACACAUCUGUGAUUGUCACAUCAUACGUGGAGAUGGACCCUGGAAGCAACGACACCCUGAUCUGCAGUAGCUGGUUCAAAGUAGCUGAUGAUCACAUUAGGAAUGUCCGGUAUCGGUCUGUGCUGCUUCCUGGUGAUGAUGGCUGGUAUUUAUGCAGAGUCACCAACAAACAUGGAUGUCAAAACUCCUCUGUUGUCAUUUAACUUAAGUAUUAGGAUGUGGCUGAUAUGACCAAUUGAAUAUCACCAGUGCUUUGAAUGAAUAAACUGCUGGAAGAUUUGAGCACUUUGGCUGUUUUUCUUGCAUAAUUUACGACAUUAUUACAAGUGUACAUGAGCUCCCAUAAAUACUGCUGCUGUUAUAUGUAAUGGUACUAGUAAUUUCAAAGUCUGCAAUGUUUAGAGAUGUAUUAAAUUACAUAUAAUUAUAUUUACACUGGUCUUCUAAUAAAUCUGAGAAACUUUUGUUUCAGAGGCUGUUGGGUAACAUAUUCAUCAUUGCUGCUCUUGCUGUGCUUUGGAUUAUGAUCAUUAUUGAUGCUGUUACAAGUUAAUCUGUACAGUAUGUGUAUGUACUGUAUGACAUCAGUGGCACCAGGAUGUUUUUUGGUGGAGCACAAACAAUCAACUUUGCACAAAACUCAUAUGAAAAGCUUUUAGGAGUCAUUCAGAUGAUCUGAAGUAGAAUUCACCUUUUGUUCCUGAACAACAGGAAUGAACAAAUGCACAUCUGAUAUAUGAGUUCAUACAUGCAGGCUAAAAUAGCCAGAAUUAGAUCUGUCAUAUCUGCCUGAAUAAACCAGGUUUGUCAGAAGUAGGGCUGGUAAAUCAGACUGUGCAGGCCUUGUGAUCAUUUAUGGGUGUGCUGAUAUAAUACAUGUAGCAUAUAUAUAUAUAUAUAAAACCACAUAUACUUUUAACUAUUGAUGUUGCAUUUGAGUCAUAGUCAUUUAGACUAUAGACUUAAAGUAUUUAAUCUAAUAAGAACAAACGUUUAUCAAAGUUUGAUCUCGUUUGUUGAAAUGAAUGAUGGUACAAAAUGAUGGUACAAGAAAAAAAAAAAAAAAGAUGCUCAUAAGGUUGAAGAAGGUUAGAAAGCCAUCUCUGAAAAGUUUGGUCUUCACCAAACCUCAGUCAGAUAUUGUGUUGGCCACAGUUUCAAACCAGAGGGCUUUUAAAAAGAAAUGACUUUAUUUCCAGGUAAUACCAAGACAGGACAUUGUGGUUUUAUGAGAAACUUUUGAGGAAAUGUUGUAUUUCAUUUAACAAACUUUAUCCCAUUAGUGAAACAUGGGGGUGGUAGCUUCAUGCUUUGGCUUAUUUGUUUCUACAUCUACAGCAACAGAUUCUGACUCAUGCCGCAUUGCAACCACAGGCAAAACAGAAUGUUGCCUCUGCUGCUUAAUCUAAGCGGAAAGGUGGUUACUGCCAUUAUACACAAGGCUUCAGAUUAAUUUCAUUAAGAUAAACACACUGUGUUUUCUCCGCAGAGCCUGGUUUCAUGAGUAUAUAAGCUAGCGCUCAAACUUUACCACAUCUCUCUGUCUGUGGACCGCAUGACCUAAUUUAAGAGCAAUGAAAAUUGACAUGAUCAGGAGUGGAGAUAGUUAGAGGAAGAGGAGGAGUUUCUCUGUUUUUUCUGUUCUUGUUACAAGUCUGCAAAGUUUUCUGUAAAAACUUUGAUCCGAGCCUUUCUGAUUACUUCAUGAUAACGAGUUUAAACAUGUGUGCUGGUUGUGGAUUCCUGAAACUAAUGCUGAUUCUACUUGUUGUUGAAGGUGUUCUCAGCAGUUGGGGUGUGCAGUACCAGCAGCAGCAUUACUGUGCGGUGAAAGGAUCAUCUGUUGUCAUGCUAUGUUCAUUUACCUAUCCUGACAUAAACACAGUACAAAGUGUGAAGUGGGGUCGGGGUAACUCUGCAGUUUAUUCUGGCCCCUUCAUUUAUGACAGUGAAUCAAAUUAUACAUCCUUACGAUAUCAAUAUAUUGGUGACAAAAAACGUAACUGUUCAUUUAAAAUACUUCAAGUGGAGCCUAAUGAUGCAGGAAAGUUCACAUUCAGAUUUAUAACCAAUAAAAACAAAUGGACCGGUAGACAUGGCCCAAAACUACGAGUUGUUGAUUUGAACAUUUCUAGUAAUGGAGCUGAAAGCGUGAAGGAAGGUGAUGCAGUGAGUCUUACGUGCACCAACAGCUGCAAUGAUGAUCAAUUUUCAUCUGCAUUGACCUGGUUUAGGAAUGGACACUUCCUAAAAGAGGGACCAGAGCUUUAUUUAGGAAGCUUGUCCACCACAGACUCUGGGAAGUACACUUGUUCUCUAAAAGUUCACCCAGGAACAACUUCAAAGGUGAUGCAAAUUGAUGUUGAAUACAGCCCCAAGAACACAUCUGUGUCUGUAAGGCCUUCGACAGAAGUAGAUGCAGGAAGCAAUGUUACCCUGAUCUGCAGCAGCAAUGCAAACCCGGUGGAGAAUUACACCUGGUUUAGAAAACACAAUAACAAUUUUAUAGUUGUUGGACACCAACCUGAACAUCAAAUAAAGGAAUUUGUCCAGAGUAUUGACCAGUAUUUCUGCACCGCUACCAACAAACAUGGAAGCCAGAACUCCUCUGUGGUGACAUUAACAACUAAAGCGCAUUGGGCAAAACACAGAAACGUACUCAUCAUUUCUACUUGCAUUGCUAUAAUUCUCAUUGUGACCACUGUUGUUAUCAUUACAAGAAUCGUGAAAAAAAGGACCAUUUCACCAGGAACUGACUGUGAGGCGGAAGCAGAAGUGGAGAACACAAUCUACGCCAACUGGGCGAUGCUUGAUGCAGGCCGAUCACGAGAGGGAAGUGUGCAUGAGUCAGAGCUCGUUUAUGCAACUGUUAACUUCAACGACAAAAGAAAGGCAGACAUGGAGCAGCAGAUGGACUCUCGUGAUAUUGAUGGAUGUGCGAUUUACAGCACAGUGUGCAGGACUUCAUCACUGAAACCUUAAUAUGUUGAGCCUUAGAGACAUCAAACAACAUCUUUCUGAUUUAUAAGUGUGCACAGACAAUUCUUUAAGAUUAUUAUGUUUUUCCCUUUUUCUUUUCCUUUUUUUAAAAUGAUGAACAGCUCACACGUAAACAAUUUAAUCGGACAGAACGGACAGAUGCAUGCAGUAUUUCCUUGAAACAUUUUUUCAUAAGAUGUCAUCUAGAAUGGCCAGUCUAUAUUGAAUUUAAAAUAAUUUAUCCUAAGUUUCAUGUUUUUUUUUUGGUACCAAAUAUACAUACACAGUUACUUCAAUAGGCAUAAACACCAUAAGAUGUAUGAAAAAACUAAAAAUAUGGCUGUGUGUUCUAAAACAAGAGUCCCAGCUGUUGUCUCUGCUAGAACGCAAAUCUUUGAGAUCAAAACAUAACUUCUGGAUAGUUACAUCAAGAUACUGAUCAGAUUACAUAUUAUCUGAAACAGAAUUUGUGCAUUUAUGCAAAACUGUCUGGUUAGUGUGGUAUGAUGUGUCUCGCCUCCUUUGUAAAAGUCCUUUUUGUGUUUUUUUUUGUUAAAGACCGUGCUGAUGUUUACAGUGAUUGGAUCAUUUUAUGUCCCAUUACAUUAUUAAUCUUGUAGGCCUGGUUUAAUAAAAACACUGUUUUAGGUUCAGAUUCAUCUGGUGUCUCACGUUAUUCUCUCUCAGAGUGCUGUGUGCUGGUUAUUGAGGUUGAUAUCAAUACUAUAAAGAAUAUUUCAGAUACUCCUGAUGUGACAUUGUAAACGUUUAUUGCCUACGUAGUCUUCACUCUGAGACUGCUGCUUUGUAUUAUAUUUCCUACCGAGAGUACAGAGUACUGCACCUAAUACACCAGAUUGUAAAAGUCAAAAUGAUUUUUAAAGAAAACAAAUAAAACAACAAAUA